AUGAGGGUCUCAUCGCCUACUUCAAUGGAGCCCAGAUAUCGACUUCCCUUCAACAACGAGGAUACAAGCAGAAGGAGGUCUCUUAGAAGUAGAGUGCCGAAAGAUGGGGAUAGGUCUCUUUACGGUUACGGCCUCGAUCGGAUAUUAAGCUGCAAGUUCCCUACUCUGAAGCUUGUGAUGGCCAUUAUCGCUAUCGGUGCAUUUUUUACUCUCCUACGUUCUCCAUCAAUUCAUGAAACAGAUCAUAUGUCCAGCUCUCAUUCUAGGUCGAACUUGGUAGAUAGAUGGAUAAUGGACAAAUUUGGGAUAGACCAAAGCUAUUCGUCUCAUUUAGACAUAAACUGGGGCGAUGUUUCUGUUGCGAUCGGUAAAUUAACUGACAGGGGCAGUUACAAAGGAAUAGGGCUGAUAAAUUUCAACGAACAUGAAAUCGACGAGUGGAAGCAGUUAUUGCCCGAUACCGAGCACGUCGUACUUGCCAUGGAUUACGUCUCGCCUAAUAUCACUUGGGAAACACUGUACCCCGAAUGGCUGGACGAGGAAGAGGAAUUUGAAGUGCCAACCUGUCCUGAUCUGCCCAGAAUCAGCUUUUCAGGCAAACCGCGAUUGGACCUUAUAGUGGUGAAGCUUCCAUGCAAUAAAUCGGGCAAGUGGUCGAGGGAUGUGGCUCGUCUGCAUCUGCAGCUGGAAGCUGCUAGGCUGGCAGCAACCGCCAAGGGGAACCACUCCGUGCAUGUUCUUCUCUUAACCGAAUGUUUCCCUAUCCCAAAUCUCUUCACUUGCAGAGAGCUGGUUGUGAGGGAAGGUAACGUGUGGCUCUAUAAACUGAGUCUGAGUAAAUUGAGAGAGAAGGUCCGCCUACCGGUCGGGUCGUGUGAACUCUCACUUCCUCUAAAUACUGAAGAAAAAUCUUACUCGGGCGGCAACUUGAAGCGCGAAGCCUACGCGACAAUCCUCCACUCGGCCCACGCGUAUGUGUGUGGGGCCAUCACAGCGGCACAGAGCAUCCGCAUGUCUGGGUCGUCGCGCGAUCUCAUCGUCCUCGUCGAUGAUGCCAUCACCCCUCAUCACCGUGCCGGCCUGGAGUCCGCCGGCUGGAAGAACAUAUACCCAUAUUUGCUCAUCCUCGAAUUCAUCGAUCAAACUUUCUUCCGAAUCAUCUCCUGCGGUUUGGGUUUCAUCUUUACCGCGAUAAUCAGAAUCCUCCGUUUCUUCUACUUCAACCGCACUGGGGAUCUUUCGUUUUGGAUGUCUCUGGGCUUGUUUCGGUCGAAAUUCUCCAUGGUCCGACUAAAAGUCGUCAAAAUUGGGGUUGGAGUUCUUCGUUUUAGCCAUGAAAUUUGGUCUUAG